GGAAUAUUUGAAUUUGGAUACGUUAGUAUAGUUUUGGCUUUUCAUCUCUGUCUAAUCAUGUAUUAGUAUUUCGUGUACUUAUUUAGUUUCUUUGUAGUUUAUUUGACAUAAGUUGGUCUUGUUUCUUUCAUUUUGAUUCCACUUCCGCACAAGAAUUAUCAUAACAUAAAAAUAUAUAUGUUGUAAGUUUUUCUUUUUCAUCGAAGAACAUGCAUCAACAAAGUGAGACGAAAAUUACAAAAAAGUAAAAAACAACCGAUGUUGAGGAUGCAGCCAUCAGCACCUACAAGGACUCUCGCCAUGAUGCCGCGUCCUCGUGAUAUAAUCACGAAGCAGCCCUGGCUCGUAAGCUGGCUUCUCGUAAGUUUGUGUGCGUUCAGCGCAAGUGCAACGUCUCACAUAGAAGAUGGGCAGCAAGAUGAUGAGGACAUGAACAUCCUUCAACCUCCUGGAGGUGAUCAAGAACAUGCUUCUGUCCUCGACGACGAAACUCAGAGCAUUGCUGGAGCAGUUCGCGCACGGACCGGCGCAGAUUCGAUGAUUAUUGAUCAGCAAGGAGAUGAAGAUUUGGGUUUGGGAGGCAUCAGUCAUGCAAUGGCAGAAAGCGUAGCUCCUGCGGGGAGGCUUAUAAAAGGUCCAGACGUGGUAAAGGACCUGCGUGUUCUUCAGCACAUCAUGGACGGAGGUGAUCAACAGAUGGUCGAAGGCACGACGAUUGUGAACGAAACCUCCCAAAUGAACGUGGAACAACAAGAACAGUCGUUCGCUCUACCGAUUCCCGGACGUGCAUUCCAUAUCGCUUUGCGCCAGUUGUCGAAAGGACACACCAAGACGCGUGAAGAUCGCAACAGGUGUCUCGAACAGAUUCGACACACAGGAGGUAAAGCCUAUCUAGAUGAAGAUUUCUGUCCGAAAUGGGUCCGCAAGUAUCCUCUGAUCAUGCUGGAGUUUGCCAGAGCGGGGAAUCGGCAUAUGUCGUACAGGUCUGUGCCUGGGGACAUUCAGAAAAAAUGGGAAAAUACUUUGUUCGCUAUUCGUGAUUGGAGUCGAGAUGCGUUGGAUUUUGGUCGGCCGCCAGGUGGAGGUGCACAACAUACUGGAGGUCUCAACGAACAGGGCAAUGCUGCAACUGCGAGUACAACAGGAUCAGCGUCCUCUGUUCUUGGUGGAGCUGCCACUUCUACCACUCCUGCCACUUCUACCACAUCGUCAAGUGCAUCUUCUUCAAGCAGACAGCAAGUCCUCUACGGCCUCGAUCCCCUCCUCUUCUUGCAAGCGGUUCGAGCCAACAGUGACGUGCUACUCGGCGCCGGACGUGGUGAUGACUCCAAGAAAUUGCCGUGGCUUCCUACCGCCGAGGAUAGUUUGCUUCUUUCUCAGGGAUCUCCGCGUAUGGUGAACGGAAUCGGUGGAUCGUCUGAUCAUAGGCGUGGUGGUGUUGGAACAUCACAUGUAGGUGGAGCACAGUGGGAUAUUACUACAACAACGGCCACAGGAGCCGGCUCGUCAGGAGGAGGAUCAGCCACGGUGGCAAGUUCAGGAGGAGCCGCAUCCGCAAGCUCCAGUCACCAGCAACGUCUUCAAUUACAAGGUGCAAGGACAGUGAUUCAGAUGCUACAGUCUCGCGGCAAUACAAGCAACGCCACUGCUGGUGCUUCAUCUGGAUUGCCAUUACCGUUUGCGCCUAUGCCCAAUGCGACAACAGCAAAUAGUGGCGCUCCUGCUGCGCCAGCAACAUCUCAACAAAUGCCAUUUGAGGAUAGGGAUUUGCUGAUGCAGCCGGCGGAACAAGCAGAAGAAGCCCAUGACGAUGCUCAUCCGAGUGAGGCAUAUCCGAGCACCUCCGCGCUUUCUGUAGUGGAACAGCCUACUGCAGUGGAACAGCCUACUCUCCGAAGUGGCACCGGCUCUGGAACGGCAGUGGAACAGCCUACUGCAGGGGCGGAAGCAGACGUCGUCCCUUCUUCAAUUCACCCAGUUUUAGGACAAGCACCUGCCAACAUAGUAACAACCGUGACUGCUGAUACAACAGUGGGGCCUCGGUUCAAUCUAUUCGACUUCGGGACCGAUCCCACCGACCGCAAUGUACGUGCAGCGAUCGCAGAGGGAAAAACACCAGGUGGAUUGGUGGUUUUAUCGCCUACGCUGGGAGCUUCUGAUGUCUCCACACCGACUCCGAAGCUAGCUGGGGCCGCAGCUCCUGCAUUGUCGGCGCGGUCUCCGAACCGCGACGCAAGGCGAAGAGACCUUGCCCAAGGUCAACCAGGCCAUUCCUUGAGACCACGACCAAAAAUUGCGCAAUUGUUUCCACCGCCCGCGUCAUCCUCGUCUACUACUGAAGAAGUUGAAGGAGCUUCCGCAGGUCCCGUCGGAACGUCGGGAAGUGCCGCUGAUCUAGGACUUCAGAUCACAACUGCGAUAGCCCCUAAUGUUGUUCCUCCUGCCUCGACGACAACAGCUAGUACUGGAACUACAACUCUACCAGCGGACGUUCUGCCACAGCCAUCAACUGGGGACAAUACAGUAGCUGAUCAAGAAGGAUCAACCCUAGCAGCACCGCCCCUUACUGCUCUCGCACACGUGCCCAGCACAUCAACAACCUCGGUAAGUACGCACACAACCCUUGUUCCUGCCUCCAGAGCCCCUCGUAUUGACGAGAUUGAUCAUGAAAUUGAGGACGAGACCCCACAAGAUGAAAUGCGCGGCCGAACGACGCCUCCGCGUAUGGAUUCCUUUGCCUCUAGCGGACCUAGGAUUGGGUAUGAGAUAUCCAAUCGUGAACAGACAGAGACCUUGAAAGACGAUGCAGACUACACUGCUGGCGUACAUCUGCGAAAUGCAACAAACCACCUUGGGCAAUGGAUUCGAGAACACUUUGCAGGAUGUAUGGUGAAUGUGGGGACCACGACAAGUACUUGUUCCCCAGGAAGCAGUGGUGAUGAAAUUGUAGCUGAUGAACGCUCUGGAGCUAUGAGAUCAUUGGAGGACGAGGAGGUGGAUGCAAUGAGGGGAAGCGGAGGAGGAUUAGGGUCUGAAAGGGCUGUUGCAGAAGAUGGCGCAACCACGAUGAUUGACGCAAAAAGACAUUUCCACAUGAUGCAGAUCACGUCUUCCCUGAAGUUGAUCGCAUGUCCUACUCUCAGCGAGCAACCGAUCACUCAGUUGCCUCCUCACAUGAGUCUGCCAGUGCCGCUGCCAAUGUCCAUGUUUGAGGAUAGGGAAGAUUCAGUUUUUGGUCAAAAUACUCAACAUCAUUCUACAACCACUGAUUCCUCCGUCUUUCGUCCAGCUGACAGAGUUCCUAUCAAUCGGGACCACACAACUGGUACAACUGGUGAAGUGCAAACGGAUCAUCCCAUGGGAUCUUGUGGUAACGAUCAGUCAGACGACGGCUCGUGUGGCUCUUCGGGUAGCAAUGUGUCUGCUGCUGGACGAGCUCUCGGGGCUCUGAGUUUGAAUGCUGGUGCCGAGGGUGAGCAGCUGCAAGCGGCGCGUCCUGCAGCUGGUGCUGCAAGUAGUCCAACAGUUGGCCCGCAAAUGACGCAAGAAGUCGAGCCCCACCUUAAUGAUGUUGCUCAAAGAGGAGGCAUCAUGACCACGAGGGGUACAACAACUGCGUGGCGGGAUUCCUCGUCUAAGGAAGCUCAUAUCAUGACACCUCAACUCUACGAGGCUGCAAGAGAGAAGGAGCUGGAGAGAACCAGUCGAGCCGCGUUCAACGUCAAAGAAGUGACUGUUUUGAGACGCGCAAGAGAGGCAUUGAAUAAUGCGGACAAUGAAGAUCCUUUGCUCUACAUCAGAAAUGGAGGCGCAAGUGGAGCUACAGCUUCUAGGACUGCUGCAGGAAUAGUCGGUGUUUCGACUUCGUCCCGUGGCGCAGCAGGCGGAGCUUCGUCAAGUAGAAGCACCACUACGCGGCAUCAAACAUCGACAACAGAGAGGUCAGAGGUGAUAAGACCCAUGAGGGGAAGAAGUCGACGUGAGGUGUCAACUGCAAAUGCAAGUGCUACAACUGCAGAUAAUGUUCAAAACGACCAGGAUACUCGACCGCCAGCUUCAGGUACUACUGGAGAUGAAGAUCAUCCACCACGUAUUAAGGGUAGGCUUAAUAAGGUGUUCUUCUGGCCGUUCGUUUUGCCUGUGCCUCCCCUAAGGGGGAAAUGCAUAACGAACGAGGUAAACGAACACCAAAAGCCUAGUACCUCUAAACGUAGAUUGUUCAGCUGGAGUGGAAGUCGGUUUUCCUUGUCUCCGUUGUCAUUUUCACCCGAGACGGAAGACGAGGAGAGUCAGUGGUGGGAGGAUCACGUUCAUACUCAGCUUCCUAUUAAGAAAUCUAAGGACGCCUUUCUGCCACCUCCAAUGUUGCAUCCGGAUAUGCUAGCUGCUGCGUUGCGGCAGGACAUGGGUCGAGUUUUAGCUGCUUUGCCUGCGGCAGCACGAGGCAUCAAGAUAGACUUUCAGCAGGAACUGCAAGCGAUCAUCCGACUUCAGGAGUGGCGCGAAAUCGUCGAAAACCGAGACCUGCCUUUGAUUCGCGGGAUGCUCCGUUAUCUCAGACAGGCGAUUCGGUAUGUGGGAGCGAAACUACUGGCACAGCGUGUGGAACCGUGGCUGCGCCAGAAAGAAGUGCUGCAACGAAUUGUAGAAGAAUCUUCGAAAAAGCCGUGGUCUGGGUCUGCAGUCCCUGGAUCCCUUAAUUCAGAUGAUGUUGUGAUGCAGAGAUCAGUGUCAGAGCAAGACCAAGCAGUUCAUCAGGGCAAGGAUGCUGGCUUGAAAAAAGAGCAACCUUCCGGUGAACCGAAAAGGCCUGCUUCACCUAGGCCACGUGUAACACCAGAGGACGCACAGCAAAUGGUCCGAAAUGAAGCAGCAAAAAUUGGGGCUGACCUCGCACAAAAUACUCUCUAUCCAUUUGCACCACGAGUGGCGGGAAGCUUAGAGGGUUUGGUGAUAGUCCCUGAAAAAAACCAAGAUUUUAUGCCUUUCUCGUGGUCGGCGACGGGCGGCUCCACAACAACCAAGCAAGACACAAGAUUUCCUCCAUACUUUGGCACUUUAAUGUAUUUGAACAAGCCUUCUUCAGCUGGAAAAGGCAACGACAAGAUCAAGAAGAGCAAAGAACAGUCGUCCUCUGGAGUUGGUAAGUCAACAAAUGUAG